GCGCGAGUCACUCGGGCGACCGGGGGCCGCCAUUUUCCUCCAGCGAGGGAGAGUGUCGCGAGCGUAGUUCCGCGCAUCGUCGGUUCGUCGCUUUUUUCCAUUAAAACCGUUGAAUCGAGAUAUAUUUUGAAGAAACGAUCGGGGCGUCAUAAGGGUAGACGCGCGCGCGAUCACAGUGUCCGCAUUCGUACGAUCGACACGGGGCUUCUUUACGGGGGGAGGCUCUCCGAAGUCGGCCGUGGACGACGCGAGAGCGGCGCGAACCGAGAGGAGAGCCGCGCCGCCGUGUGGACACCCCUCCGCGUAAAAGAGAGCGAGCUAGAAAAAGAGAGAAGAAGAAGAAGAAGAAGAAGAAGGAAGAAGAAGAAGAAAGAAGAAGAAGAAGAAGGAAGAAGAAGAAGAAAGAAGAAGAAGAAGGACCGAAGCAACGCGAGAAAGGAUACGAAGGAACACAGUGGUGAAAGAGUGAAACGAUUUGUGUUAUUCCCCCUAUACCGUUGGCCCCUCUUACAAUCAGUACAACCGGUGAAAACGCCACGAGUACGACGAAGAGUACGAAGGUGCCCGAGAAAUAUAGGAAGAGUCGCCUCCGACAGGAGACGGUAUUCAACGAUUCGUGAUGCGUUGGAGGUUCUGCGGUCCUUGUACAAAAACCGAUCAGAAGUCAGUGUUGCAACAACAAUUUGUGUGACAAAGCAUCAAAGUGCAAAACCAUAUAAUCACACAUUCGAAGAGGCUUCUUUACGAGUGGUUUAUAAGACUUUUUUGAGAAAUAGUGGACAUUUUUAGUGAAACUGAGAGUAAGAGUGAAAAAUACAAACAUAGGGGGGGCUGUCUGACCGAUGGACAAACGGAAGAUGAUGCCCAAACGCCCUCGAAUGGAGAAUCUAAGGGGCCCUAUUGCAAAUGGGCCCAUCCAAACACGACCACUAGUGGCUUUACUCGAUGGACGAGAUUGUUCCAUCGAAAUGCCCAUUCUUAAAGAUGUUGCGACUGUGGCAUUUUGUGAUGCUCAGUCAACAUCAGAAAUUCAUGAGAAGGUAUUAAACGAAGCUGUAGGUGCACUUAUGUGGCAUACUAUAAUUUUGACAAAAGAAGACCUUGAAAAGUUCAAAACACUACGGAUCAUCGUUAGAAUUGGAUCUGGGGUGGAUAAUAUAGAUGUCAAAGCAGCUGGCGAACUUGGCAUCGCAGUGUGCAAUGUGCCUGGCUAUGGAGUCGAAGAAGUAGCGGACACCACUCUCUGUCUGAUUCUAAAUCUCUAUCGACGUACAUAUUGGUUGGCAAAUAUGGUACGCGAAGGAAAAAAAUUCACUGGACCUGAACAGGUCAGGGAAGCAGCAACAGGAUGUGCAAGGAUACGAGGUGACACACUUGGCAUAGUCGGUUUAGGCAGGAUCGGUUCUGCAGUCGCAUUACGUGCUAAAGCUUUUGGUUUUACUGUCAUCUUUUAUGACCCUUACCUACCUGAUGGAAUCGAGAAAUCUCUUGGACUCACCAGGGUUUAUACAUUGCAGGAUUUACUAUUUCAGUCCGACUGUGUAUCUCUACACUGUACCUUGAAUGAGCACAAUCAUCACCUAAUAAAUGAAUUCACUAUUAAGCAGAUGAGACCAGGAGCAUUUUUAGUAAACACAGCACGAGGUGGACUGGUAGACGAUGAUGCAUUAGCUGCCGCACUUAAACAGGGUAGAAUUCGUGCAGCGGCAUUGGACGUUCAUGAAAAUGAACCGUACAACGUCUUUCAGGGUCAGUCUACGCAAUGUCCGUUGAAAGACGCGCCCAAUCUGUUGUGCACACCACACGCUGCAUUCUACAGCGAUGCAAGCUGCACCGAACUACGUGAGAUGGCGGCCAGUGAAAUACGAAGAGCUAUCGUCGGUCGCAUACCAGACUGCUUACGAAACUGUGUAAACAAGGAGUAUUUCCUUUCCUCGACCGGCAGCUACCCCGAGGGGAUCAACGGCGGAUACUACGCUGGGGCGCUGCCCGUUCAACAGGCGCAUUCAACGACUCCUCACGAUUCUGCACCCCCACCUCCCGGUGGGCAUUCCGUCGUCGGCGGCGGUGGUGGUGGGGGUGGUGGCGGACCAAACUCCUCGGCAGGCGGUGCAGGCGCCGGGGGUCCGACAGGCCCCGCGGGUCCAACGGUAGGCGGCGGCGGGGCUGGAGGCCCUGCUUCAGCUCCCCCUACUGCUGGAUUACCCGGUCUACCACACAGCAUAGUGAGCGAGCCUGACCCCCGGCCAAGCCCACCUGCUCCGAGUCCCCGUUGACCUUGAACCCCAGACAUACACUCCUGCACCACCCUCCGAUCUAAUUUCCUUUAGCCAUUCACGUACAUGCUACACCUAAACAUACAUACACACAUUACAUACACACACACACACACACAUACACACAAGCGCACGCACACACACACACACACACACACAUUACAUACAUACACAUACAUACACACAACGCUCUAAUUAACAUACACAUCGACGAGAUAAUACAUAGAGAGAAAGAGAGUGAGGGCGGGAGGGAGGGAGGGAGGGAGGUAGAGAGAAAGAGUGAGAGUGAGAGAAAGUGAGAAAAAAGAGAGAGAGAAAAAAGAGAGAGAGAAAGAGAGAGAGCGAGAGAAAGAGAGAGAGAGAGAGACGUAUUAUAAGAGAAGAGAAAACAGAGAUGUAUACACAUAAGAAGGACAUUCGCUGUACCUACCGUACCAAUAUAUACAUACACACACUACUACCACCAAUUCACAUAUAUACACAUAUUAAAAGAAGAAUUCAAAGGAAUAGAAAAACAACAAAUAAACAAACAGACAGAGAGACAGACAGACAACAGACUGACAGACAGACAGAUAGACACACCCAUGCACACAUCAUGCGUAAUACAGUAAGAAGGAAAAAUCGCGUGUGCGCGACACCUCUGACGACAAACGGCCGAUUGACUAUUAAACGUAUGUCGUGCACGAUGUGCCCCCCUCCUCCGAAAAAAAAUCUGUCCGCUGCUUCCGAGGACUCGAGGGAAUCCAUCCUUGAGUGUAGAGUGUGAGAGAGAGAGAGUGUGUAUGCGGUGUGUAUGUGGCGUGUGUGUGUAUGUGUGUGUGUGCGAGAAAGAGAGAGAGAGAGGGGGAGAGAAAAAAUAAGUAUGAGAGUGAGUAAAAAUCUACGUGUGUGUGAUGUGUAUGUGAAAGAAAGAAAGAAAGAAAGAAAGAAAGUUAGAAAUGGAGAAAUACAGGCAGAUAGGCAACACUAAAGGGGUUGAGAGCUAGCAAGUGACAGAGAGGGAGAAAGAGAGAGUGAGAGAGGAAGAAGGAGAGGGAGAAAAAAUAAUAGAAGAAAAGUGAAAGAUCAGAUAGGAGUAAAAGAGAGAUCACCGAAUGUCUGAGAGGGAGAGACUGAUUGAGAGGGUGAUCCAUUUUGUGUGAUAGAUAAGCUGAGAAAAAGAUAGAGAGAAAGAGGGAGAGAGAGAGAGAGAGAGAGAGAGAGAGAGAGAGAGAGAGAGAGAGAGAGAGAGAGA